UUGACAUCAGAGUCACAUCAUGUUUGAUUGAAGCACGUCAAGGACUACGCCGCGUGACCUGACGAUCUGGAGAUCAUUUUGGACUACUAAAGAUAACUAGUUAUAAGCUUUAUUUUGAGCUUUAAGUCGUUUCUGGCAUGGUGCAUGGCUGGCAUGUUGCCUUAAAAAAGUCAGUUUAGGGGUUUCUUUCAAAUCAUGUACGUUGGAUACCUUUUGGAUAAAGAGGGAAACAUGUAUCACCAAGGACCUGUGAGACGAUCUGGCAUCAGUCUUCCACCACAGAAUUUUGUUUCCACACCCCAGUAUUCAGAUUUUACAGGAUAUCACCAUGUGCCCAAUAUGGACACACACGCACAGUCUGCGGGGGCAUGGGGCGCUCCUUAUGGGGCACCGAGAGAGGACUGGGGCGCCUACAGCCUCGGGCCUCCAAACACUAUUUCUGCACCUAUGAGCAAUUCUUCACCGGGACAGGUUUCCUAUUGCUCGCCCGAUUAUAAUGCUAUGCAUGGCCCGGGAUCAGCAGUGUUGCCGCCACCGCCUGAAAACAUUUCAGUGGGCCAACUUUCCCCUGAGAGGGAAAGGCGUAAUUCCUAUCAGUGGAUGAGCAAAACUGUCCAGUCGUCAUCAACCGGUAAAACAAGAACGAAGGAAAAAUAUCGGGUGGUGUACACGGACCACCAGAGGCUUGAGCUGGAAAAAGAGUUUCAUUUUAAUCGCUACAUCACAAUCAGAAGAAAAUCAGAACUGGCGGUAAACCUCGGGCUUUCAGAGAGACAGGUGAAGAUCUGGUUCCAAAACCGCAGGGCUAAGGAAAGGAAGUUAAUCAAAAAGAAAAUGGGUCAGUCUGAUGGAAGUGGAGGAUCAGUUCACAGCGACCCAGGUUCUGUCAGUCCAUUACCGGUACCAGUCAUUGAGUCCAUCAGAUAUACACGGUUCUCUGUACCCACCCCCAGGAAUGAACGCCUUACCAUCUAUGAGGAACAUACAGCAAGUUACAGUCACUCAGUGAACUCGAACUUGGUACAUCCAACUUUAACUGAGCACUCCGACACGCUGAAAGGACAGAGCCGGACCUCUCAAUGGGUCAAAAAGGAUUACAAAAAUGUUAAGGCGCGUGUUGUGGAUUACAACAGAGAAUCACGUCUUAAUUGCAACUAAAUGAUGGAGGCUCUUCAAAUAUUGUUUUAAUAGAAUAGUUUUUAAAAUUAAGAAAAAAAAACGUACAAAAAUCUUUGUUCGUCUGUUGCAGAGGCUAAAUAUUUUAAUGACUUGUUUGUGUUUGCUCAAUUAAGAUAUAAAUAUCAUUUUUGUAUGUGGUGAGUGUAUCUAAAUGUUUGUAAAUAAAAUGAAAACUCAGGUACUGCGUUUUUCGGGUCGUAUAAUGAUCCUUACCCUGGAACUGUUAAACUUUUAUUGUCUUUAUAAACCAAUGACCUGAAAUGUCAUGCUGUUUUAUGCUGCAGUUUGUGUCCAAAGCGCACGUUGUUCACUUUCUUUUCACGGGGCGAUAUGCUGUUGGAUAUGCAGGUGUCAGAGAUACGGGUAAAACGUUUGAUUCCAGCAAUGUGUAAAUAAAAUGUUUUGCAAGUAUUUUUUUGUCUUGAGUCUUUGUGCUGUAAAUCAGAGGACAGUAUAACAAAGUGCAUACUUGAGUACUGUAUUUAAGUACAAUUUUUGAGUAUCUGUACUUUACUUGUAAUUUUUUCUGGAAACAUGUUAU